UUCACACCGACUCCAAGAUGAUCAAAGCAGUAAUUAUGCUGGUUUGCGCUGCCUUUUUGGCUUUCGCGGGAGCUAAUCCUGUACCCGAACCCGGCUUUGGAGGGCAUGGAGGAUUCGGACACGGUGGGUUCGGACAUGGAGGAUUCGGACACGGUGGGUUCGGACAUGGAGGAUUCGGACACGGUGGGUUCGGACAUGGAGGAUUCGGACACGGUGGGUUCGGACAUGGAGGAUUCGGAGGUUUCGGACACGGCGGAUAUGGUCGCUGAAGCACAGCUUUGACUUCGACCAAAGUUUCUGGAAAAUAAAUAAAAAUAUUAAGUAUUAA